AUGGCUAACAAGGUGAAUUUGAUAGAGAAGUGCCAAGUUGGUCCUCCACAAGGUUCGGUUCCUUCUCCAACCUCUAUUCCUCUUUCUUCCUUUGAUCUUCCAUGGCUAUUAAAUCCUGUAUCAUGUAAACGCAUUUUCUUCUAUGAAUUCCCUUACUCCAAAACACACUUCUUACAAAAAGUGUUUCCAAAUCUAAAACAAUCACUUUCACGCACUCUCAAACACUUUUUCCCUUUCUCUUCCAACAUAGUUUUCCCUCCAAAGCCACAAACCCCUCACAUCCUCUACUUAGAAGGUGACACUUUAACUUUAACUGUUGUUGAAUCCACAACAACAAAUCUCAACAACCUCGUAUCUCACACACCAAGAGAUGUCAAGUGUUUGGACCCUUUUAUUCCCAUUUUGCCCUCACCACAUGUCUUAGAAGAUGGCACCUUGUUCAUCACUCCUAUGGCCAUUCAAGUCACUCUCCUUCCAAAUUCUGGUUUCACCAUAUGCAUCACUUUUAACCAUGUGGUUUCUGAUGGAAGAUCCUUACAUAAUUUCAUCAAGUUUUGGGCUUCACUUUGUAUGUCAAAAAAGGACUUGUCUUCUUUCCCAUUUCUUGAUAGGGGCAAAAUUGGAAAUUCAAAUGAACUAAAGUCUAUUUUCUUAGAAGAACUUUGGAACAUGCCCUUAAAUAGGAUAGGUCACAUGAACUUUGUUCCUAACAAUAAUGUUGCUAAUGACAUGGUGAAACACACCAUUGUGUUGAGGCGUGACCAAAUUGAAAAUUUGAAGAAAUUAGUGUCUAUUAAGUGUCAAAGCCUUGGUCUAGGGACAUUGUUGCAUGUGUCCACAUUUGUUGUGACAUGUUCUUUGAUUUGGGUUUCUAAUAUUAAAUUAGAAUGUACCCAAAUUAGUGAUGAAUUUCCUAAUGAAGAUGAAGACUUAUACAUGAUGGUGUUGGCAGAUUGUCGUUACUUUAGUGAAAUGAAAAUUCCCUUAACAUACUUUGGAAAUUGUUUGGUUAGUGGCUUAGCUACAAUGAAAAGGAGCAAGCUAGUGGGGCAAAAUGGUCUUUUUGAGGCAGCUAUUGCUAUUGGAAGUAAAGUUAGAGAAUUGCAAAGUGAUCCCUGUAAGGGUGUUGAAACAUUGAUGUCAAUAUUUAGGAAUGUUGUAAAAAUAAGGCAGCGUUUGUUGGCUAUUGCAGGUUCACCAAAGCUAGGUGCGUAUGAGAGUGAUUUUGGAUGGGGAAAACCUAAAUUGACUGAAGUAGGUCAUGUAAAUUCUCCAGGAGUAUUCUCCCUCUCUGAUUGUAGAGACAUAGAAGGUGGAAUUGAAGUUGGGAUAGCACUUGAAAAGAGUCACAUGCACAAAUUCAACAUCAUUUUGAAUGAGCUUCUUACAAAUCUUGUACUUCAUCAAGAUUGA